UCUCCGCCCCAUUUUACUUUCCUUUAUUACCAGGUUAUUAUAAUCAGGGUUUUACAUAGGUCGAUUGAUAGAAUGACCAAUGAGCUCGAUCCGAAUCAGUUACAUUAUUUGAUCCUUCCAAGACAGAAAAGGACUGAAUCACAGAUGAUUGGUGGUUGGAUUCCAACCGAGUGAUGGGUUAAUCAGUAACUUCCUACGCUGGGGGGAAACAUCCAGUGGUCAUGAUGACACACUUACCCACCAGAACUCCAAACGGCUUCAAGUCCUUCCAGUAUCUGGACCAGGGUGUAACCAUGCCGAAAAAUCUGGCCUCGCUCCUGCUCUACGUCUACUGUAUGUGGGUCGUGGUCUCCCAGCCCUGCCCAACCUACACCGCCUUGUCCGUAGACAGCCUCAACCCAGAGGAGUACCUUGGGAGGUGGUAUUUCUCCGCAGCUGUGAGUGGGAGGGAGGAGGAGCUCCAAUGGUUCAGGAUGAUGGACAGCAGCGUGUUCACCAUGCAGAAAACCGCUGUCCCCCAAACCUUACUGCUGAACGGGGACAUUCGCAUUGGAAACAACUGUAUAAGAUCUUCGAUGACCUACAAAGUCCUCUCAGGCAGAAAUGACGUGGAGCUAGAAGGACGGCCCCAGCGUAAGACGUUCUUCUGGGGUGGAGCGCAGCACAACGACUCAGACUACAUCAUCGUGCAGGAAACGGAGCCUGCACCGGCCGCGCUCGACGUAUACAUGCUCUAUGGUAGAAAGAAAGUCCUACCUGACGACGUGAUUAAAGAUUUCCAGGAGAUAUUGGCAUGUCAGGGAAUGACGGCGUUCUUCAGACUUCCUCAGACCCAAGAGCUGUGCAGCUAAACACCCUCACAGAGGAUGUGGAAGGCAGACAACAGAAGACGUACCUUGUUUCCAAUGAAAAGUACAUUUCAACCAAAAAUUUUAAAUAGAAAACUCCUCACAUAUGAGUGAUUUCUGAUUUAAUUAAUUAAACUGUUGCCUUCCAAUAAAAACAAAACCUUGAA